CAUAUGUAUACACAUAACAUGUCACCCGACGCAACCAAAAUUUCUUUAACUCUUGCCUUUCCUUUCCCAUCAACCCAUCUCCAUUUCUCUCUCUCUCUCUCUGUCUAUAUAUAUUUCUCUUCACCGCCAUUCAACUAAAAUCUUCCCUUUCCACACAACAACCAAAAAAAAAAAUUUUUUUGAAUAAUGUUCUCUAAAUUACACUCCUUUUUAUGUUUGUUUUUUGUUCUUCUUCUUCUUUUCCAUAGCCACACCCUUCAUCUCCAUGCUAAUCCCAUCAAAACCGUGGUGGUUUUAGUGAUGGAGAAUCGUUCCUUUGAUCAUAUGCUGGGAUGGAUGAAGAAACUCAACCCCAAAAUCGACGGUGUUGAUGGUUCCCAAUUCAAUCUAUUAAAUGCCUCCGAUCCCAACUCUCGUCGCUUCUUCUUCAACAACCAGGCUCACUUCCUCGACCCUGAUCCCGGCCACUCUUUCCAGGCCAUUAGGGAGCAGUUGUUCGGUUCUAAUGACACCUCAGCUGAUCCCCCUCCUAUGAACGGCUUUGCUCAGCAGGCUUUCUCCAUGGAUCCCUCCUUCAACAUGUCUAACGAUGUGAUGAACGGCUUUGAUCCUGAUAUGCUCCCUGUUUACAAAGCUCUCGUCUCUGAAUUUGCUGUGUUUGACAGGUGGUUUGCGUCGGUGCCUUCGUCGACGCAGCCCAAUAGGCUGUUCGUGCACUCGGGGACAUCGGCCGGAGCAACGAGCAACAUUCCGGCGUUGCUAAUCAAAGGGUACCCACAAAGGACGAUUUUCCAGAACCUCGACGACGCUAAAAUAGACUGGGGGAUAUACUACCAGAACAUUCCAGCGACACUGUUUUAUAGAAACCUAAGAAAGCUGAAAUACAUUGGAAAAUUUCACCCUUACGGCUCGUCCUUCAAGAAAGACGCACAACAAGGCAAGCUUCCGGGUUAUGUUGUGCUGGAGCAACGGUACACAGACAGCAAAAAGGAGCCUGCAAAUGACGAUCAUCCAACACAUGAUGUGUAUCAGGGACAGAUGUUUGUGAAGGAGGUGUAUGAGACUCUGAGGGCCAGUCCACAGUGGAAUGAAACUCUGCUUGUGAUCACUUAUGAUGAACAUGGUGGAUAUUUUGAUCAUGUGGCUACGCCUGUUCGUGGGGUCCCUAGCCCUGAUGGGAUCGUGGGGCCUGAGCCUUUUCUUUUCAAGUUUGAUCGGUUGGGGGUUAGGGUUCCGACGAUCAUGGUGUCGCCUUGGAUUGAAAAGGGCACUGUUGUGCAUGGACCUAAUGGGUCACCUUUUCCAACGUCGGAAUACGAGCAUUCUUCUAUUACGGCAACAGUCAAGAAAAUCUACAACCUGCCUAAUUUUCUUACUAAGAGGGAUGAAUGGGCGGGCACCUUUGAAGGCAUUCUCCAGACUCGGACAGAACCCAGAACUGAUUGCCCAGAGCAACUCCCAACGCCAGUCAGGAUCAGGCCCGGUGAUGCAAAUGAAGACGCACAGCUUAGUGAAUUCCAACAGGAGCUACUGCAACUUGCAGCAGUACUAAAAGGAGACAAUAUCUUUACGAGUUUCCCAGAAAAAAUAGGUAAGAACAUGACUGUCAAGCAAGGAAAGGAGUACAUGGAAGAUGCAGUAAGGCGCUUCUUCGAGGCAGGGCAACAAGCUAAAAGAAUGGGAGUUGACGAGGAACAAAUUGUACAAAUGAAACCCUCCCUCACUACAAGAUCAUCAAAACCUUCAACAAAGCAGCCAUAAUGAAAAACAGCAACAUGACUCUACGUUUCUUUUAAUUAAAAAAUUUAUGAAAUUAUCAAUGGUUCUGUAGAUCUAAAUAAACUCCAACAGAAAUAUGUGUCAAUCUGAUUUCUAUAACUAUCAAGAAAUCACUCCAAGAAAAUCAGCAUUUGAGCCAUUUUAUGCUCAUUUGACAUGCAAA